GUCUUUAGGUUUCUUUCCUAACAGCUUUAAAAGCUGUGAGACCUUCAUGAGACACAAGAUGACUCUGAUAUCCCCCUCUGUACUAAAGAAAUACAGCAUACCAUUUGACAAGAUAACACAGGAAGCGGGGGAGUUUAUGAUCACAUUUCCAUAUGGUUACCACGCUGGCUUCAACCACGGCUUUAACUGUGCUGAAUCCACCAAUUUCGCAAGUAUCCGGUGGAUUGAUUAUGGAAAAGUUGCUACGCAGUGUACAUGCAGUAAGGACAUGGUGAAGAUCUCCAUGGAUCCGUUUGUCAGACGAUUCCAGCCGGAUCGCUAUCAGGCUUGGACACAAGGCAAAGACUCAUGUCCAUUGGAUCACACCCUGGCCACACCCAGCACCACACCAGAGCUGCAGAGCUGGCUUCAGAGGCGGCGCAGGAAAGCGCCCUCCACCACAAGGUGUUAGCACGGUUUAACUAUGGUCAGUUUCCUCUUUCAGGUCAACUGCUGUCAUGGAGGAGCAACAGCGUGAAGAG